AUGAGCUCGUCUGCGACCCCAUUGAACUACAGCGCCGAGUACGGUGUGCCGGAGGGACUACCCUUCGUAGAGAUAGAGGACUUGAUCAAUGCCUCUGAGCUAAACCUUGAUACGGAGUUCAAGCGCACUCAGCUCAACACCACAAGCGGCGCGGUCCGCGAGUACACUUUCAACAUUACUCAGGCGCUCGCCGCGCCAGACGGCUUCACGAAGCCCAUGAUCCUCGUGAACGGACAGUCUCCUGGCCCUCUGAUUGAGGCGAACACGGGCGACACCCUCCGCGUCCAUGUGCACAACCAUAUGUCCAGCACGAGCACGACUAUUCACUGGCACGGCAUUGAUCAAGUGAAUAGUACGUGGAUGGACGGGGUUGUGGGUGUUAGUCAAUGUGGAAUUCCACCGGGGCAGAGUUUCACAUACGAAUUCACCGUCGGCAAGCAGCGGGGCACUUUCUGGUGGCAUGCACACUUGAGUGUUCAAUAUACCGAUGGCAUCUAUGGGCCACUGGUGAUACAUGACCAUGAGGAGACGGUUCCGCACUACGACGAUGAGAAGAUUGUGUUUCUUGGUGACGUCUAUCAUACAUAUGGCUCCGUCCUCCUUGCAAGCUACCUCAAACCAGCCUCCAGCUGGGCUCCAACCAUGUCUGGCGUUGAGCCGCUUGCCGAUAACCUCUUGAUGAACGGACAGAACGUCUACGACUGUUCUAUCGAGUCCUCCACAUAUCCACCGCAAGCGGACCAGCCAUACACCGCACACUGCAACGGAGGGAAGCUGUACACUACCCAGGUCGAACCAGGACAGACGAUACGCCUGCGCCUGAUUAAUUCAUCAUCGUUCUUCUCCUUCUGGUUGAGCGUAGACAACCACAACAUCUCCAUCGUCGAGCUCGAUGGCGUCGAGAUCGAACCUAUCCCUUCUCGUGGUGUAUACAUCAACAUUGGCCAGCGGGUGUCGCUCCUAGUGCACGCCAACCAGACCGCCGGCAAUUACUACAUGCGCGCUACGAUACCAAAGACGUGCUAUCUGCCGUAUGCGCCAUAUACAAGCUCUGGUCUUGAAGCUGCAGAUUACGCGGUCCGCGGCAUCCUAUCGUACACCGGCACGGCGGUCGAUGCAGCCCCGAUCGGAGUCGCGGGCAACACAUCAAACCCGUACGGUGUCGAAAACAAUGCAAACCGUGGCGAUGUAUGGGAGGGUUGUGAUGAUAUGCCCUUCGACAAGCCCGUACCGAUGCGGCCAGAGCCGGCCGUCGAUGUCUCCGAGGCGAACGCUCAUUACAUCGAGUACAUGUUCAGACAGUCGCAGGACGUCAACCGGAUCUUUGUCAAUAAGACGGCCUACACGCCCCUGAUGAACAACGCCACGCUGUGGAAGGCCACUGAGCAGACCUUCUCGCAGGCCUCGCAGAACUCGUAUAACAGCUGGAACUUCGACCUCAACCAGCAGGUUCUCCUUCUGCCUGACGGCGGACGCGGCGCACAGAUUGUCAUCAACUCGAGAGACGUCAUGGAACAUCCGUGGCACUUGCACGGCCACUCCUUCCAAAUCGUAGGCUGGGGGCCGGGCUACUUUGGACACGCAGAGAACGUCACGACAUGGAAUCUGGACCGCCCGAUGCGCAGGGACACGGUGACCGUCCCGGCCUUCACGCACGUCGUGCUACGCUUCACCGCGGACAACCCGGGCAUGUGGGCGCUGCACUGCCACGUUGCGUGGCAUAUGGAAGGCGGCAUGUUUGUCUCGCUUGCUGAAAGACCAGAUGCCCUGGUGAAGCUCAUUGAUGACAUGGACCCAGCGACACGCAGUUUGAGCCAGAGCUUCUGCGAGCACGGAAAACCUCGAGACGCAUAA